CCUCCCCUCUCUCUCUCCCUCUCUCUCUCUCUCUCCCUCUCUCUGCCUAGGUCUCUCUCCCUCUCUCCGUCCACACCAAAGCGCUUUAAGCUACUUUGCGCAUGCACGCCCAGUCAAACCUAGCAUUGCAUCGACUCCAAGAUGGCGAAAACACGUCUGGCUUACCUCCUGACUCUCCUCUCAACUCACUGCUACUUCAACACACUAGCAGUGGUCCUGAAAACAAGUAACGAAUCACCGUGGACUGAUGAGUUUGACAAAAUUGAGUUAUCAUGCAUAAUUGAGUCCAUUACUACAACCAAUCCCAGAAUUGAAUGGAAGAAGAUAACAAGCGAGGGACCAAGUUAUGUGUACUUUGACAAGAAGAUCUCAGGUGACCUGGAGAACAGAGCGAUGAUCAGAGAACCUGCCACAUUACUGAUAACCAACGCCACAAGAUCGGACACAGCGAAAUACCGUUGCGAGGUCACUGCCGCUGAUGACCACAAGUCAUUUGAUGAGAUUGUGAUUGACCUUGUUGUAAGAGUAAAGCCGGUGGUGCCAAAAUGCAGUGUCCCAAAAUCAGUGCCUUUUGGGAAGUCAGCUGAGCUGAGCUGUGUGGAGGAGGAGGGCUUCCCCAAGUCUCAGUACCAGUGGUUCAAGAACAGGGAGGAGAUCCCCAACGACCCUAAGACCAGCCUCAAGUUCUUCAACUCCACAUACACGCUCAACGCAGAAACAGGAACUCUGAAAUUCAGCGCAGUCAGAAAAGAAGAUGCAGGCGAGUACUUCUGCAGAGCGAAGAACGAUGCAGGACACUCCGAGUGUCCAGCCCAGCAGAUGGAAGUCUAUGAUAUUGACGUUGUUGGGAUUGUACUGGGAGUGCUGGUGGUGGUCGCAGUGCUGUUGUGUAUAACAGUGGGGAUCUGCUGUGCGUACAAGCGAGGCUUCUUCUCCAGCCAAAAACAGACGGGAAACAAUUACAAAGUUCCAGCUAAAGGAGAUGGGGUGGAUUACGUCAGGACGGAGGACGAGGGGGAUUUCCGACACAAGUCGUCAUUUGUGAUCUGAAAUGGGAGAGGAUGAUGAGGGGCAUUUUGCUGAGCGAAAGACGUGACACGCGGGACUGCUCUCCACGCUGUCUGACCACAGAGCUGCCCCAGUUCAUGCUCUGAGCUCGGCUGAAACCCAACCACUCAAGUUUGCCAAAGGUGACAAGAUUCCACAGGACAACAAUAUCUAAAACUAUUACACAUGUAGGGACUGUGUCAUUCAUUUGUCAACGUUUAUCACCACCAACUGAAUUCUUUUGCUAAAUUAGGGAGUUUUUACUUUACAGUCGUUGCAUGGUUUUAAACACCUGUCGAGGCGGAGAAAGCGGAAACAUUUCUUUGCCCUGCCAGGUAGAAACGGCGGAGUCUCUUUCCUCCACCGCCAGCCGAUCAUGACAUCUUUCUACUGUAAAACAUUUAGCUUCAAGCCUUUUGUCAUUUGUAUAACAUUUCUUUUCUACUGUUGAAAUUUGUCGGACUAUUUUUGAUGGAAUAUAUUUUAAAAUGCCUAUAGAUAAAGGUUUACUUUUUUAAAUAUUUGUAAAAUACUAACAUGUGUUUUGUUUUUUUUUUAUUUGGUUGUGGAUAAAAAAAUAUGGAACACUUUAACCACUUUGCAUCAAGCUGUAAGCUUUUACACCUUUGCAAUCGGAAGAAAGAAAGACAAAUGAAAAAUGACUUGUAUUAGCAUAUCAAGAUGUGGUUCUUGAUCAGCGGUCUUACAUAUUUAAUUUCUCCGCUGGGAAUGCCCAGUUUCUGUUGUGAGAGACUUCCAUGUUGAUUUUUGUAGAUAGUCUUUGUAUAGAGGCUUUGAAGAGUGCCAGUCAAAUGCUGUGAAACACUGUACACAAUCAGUGCCGCAUUUUCUUGAUUUUUAAGUGUCCUUCUUUGCUUGCUGUUAAUCUUGUAUAUAUUGAAUUUGCUGUCCAGGAUAGAGUUUUGCUGUCGUACGUAUGUUCAGUGUUACACUAUAAUAAUACUAGUAUAAUACUUAUUAGACAGGGUUUGUAAGUUAACCUUCCAGACCAAACAAAACUCCAUGAUAAGUUGUAAUACUGUAGUACUGUAAAACUAGACAUGGUGUAAAAGUCUCUAUUCAGAAUUUGGAAUAGAAAGAUCUGUCUGUUACUGUGAGUGACAGCUCAAACCUGUUAUCAGGACUUUGUUAUUUUAACUACUGAGUCACUUAUUUUUAAGCUACAAUUACAAAAGGUAUCAACAACACUGGUGAAAAUGACCCAGCUGUAUAGUACACACACAGAGUACUGCAGUCAGAUCGACCAGAGUAAUCACAAUAUACAAUCUCUGACACGAAUCCUGGUCCAAUCUGUUUACAGACCUGUUUUUGCUAAUACGUGUGCUGAUUAGUACAGUAGACCUUAUCUAACAUUUCUAACCUUUAGUUGUGACUAAAUGUUUUAGAUGGAAAGAAAAUCAUGUUCGGUUCGACUGAAGCUCAUAUUGUACUCAUUCCUCUCAGCUGAAGGCACACAGAUCUGAUUCUACACCCGAGUGUUACAGUAACAUACAGCUGGGGUCUGGAGGGUUAACAGCUGUACUGAUUGUAUAUAGAUAUUUCUUUUUUCCUCUCUCUCUCUCUCUCUCUCUCUCUCUCUCAAGAAUAUGUAAAGUGGUGAAAAAUGUAAACAUUUCCUAUUUGAGGCGACAUGAAACUCUUUCCAUUUGUAAGACAGAGAAAAGGUAACAUUUUGUCACGUCAUUCAUAACACAUGAACAACAGCUUCCUAACAGCAGAAACAGCAAAUUCAGUCAUGAUUCAAUCCGUGUGUCAGUCUUAAAAACGCUGACCAGAAAAAAACAAUCAAGCAAACGCCUGAUAUACACUUUUAUGCUGCUCACAUGAAUCUCUUAUUCAGCUGUUAUGAAUGUUUUUUAAUCGGCAAGCCUGGUAAAAUGUUACCUGAAUAUCAGUCAUGGUAGAGACGAUCUGCCCACCAUUUGCACAUAGGAAGUUGUCAACACUGCUCAGUCUUUUUCCAAGUUAACAUGUUGCAUUAAGGAACCAAGAGAAAACAUUUCUAAGUGUGCUUAAGUUCACAAAUGACUCCUGUUACAGGAAUAUCGUGUGGUGAGAUACAAGUCACGCAGCUCACACAGAUGCACACAUUUCCCCUGCUCAUUUGUACAAAUUUCAUUCCUCUUAAGUGCCUUCUGCCUUUAAAGUAGUCCAGUUUCUCUACAGCCAUGCUCUCUCCCACUUUCUAUGAUACUCAAUGGUCGGAGGCUUUGUGUUUUGCAUUCAUUUAACCACAAGCACGGCGUUUGAGAGGAAUGAUAUCACCGCAAAUUUCCCCCUUCUCCUUCUUUACAUGCGUAUCUGCAAAUUUGUAAAUAGCAUUUUUCAUAGAUAUGAAGGUGUAGACACGUUGAAGUAGAAUAGAAAUAUAUUAGUGCCUAAAUAUAGUGGGAAUUAUUUUUGGUAAAGACACAUAGCACUAUUAGGCAAAAGAAAAAGAUGGAUACCCAAAGCAGGGACAUUUUAUAACACGUUCAAAAAGACCCAUUCUCCUGGUUAACUGAGGUCUGUUUUCAUUCAUAACACUGACAGCCGGGGGAAUUUGACCCACAACUGCUUUCAGAAAUGAACCCAAUGCUCAAACCAAGAGUUGACUCAGUAUUCAUGAAGGUGUCAUGCAGCUGUAAUGGAGCUGACAUUGUUCAGGCAGUAGGAACCGUUUUGUUUUUUGUUUUUUUUUUUAAAUUGGAGUUCAUGCAAAGCGUCAGCCUCAGACAACAAACAGGAAUUCAUAUACAGCAGCUAUACGUAGGCUUACAGCUAGCCCACAGGCAGUCCUGAACGUGUCUGUAGUCUGGUUAGAUGUAAGGCAGCGCUGAUAGAGAUUAUAUUUACUUCACAGUGAGCAAUGGUUUCCACGGUGUGUUCAGCAUUAGGGGAGAAAGUUAAACCAAGCUCACCACUGUGUUUCAACUCAAGGAUGGCAGCGCUCCACUGAUCCAGCACUGUAAAACUGUUACUGACUGAGGACUGGUACAUCAUGUAAGGAAACAUGAUUUUCUGAACCAAACUCACAUACAGUAGAAUGUCCAUUUGGGGCCUGCUGGGGUUGUUUCUGUUCAUUUUAGAACCACUCUAUUUGUGAUUAAUAAAACUCACUUCUAAUAUUA